AUGAUACACCCUGUCAGCCCUGGGUCUAUAUUUAUGCUACCCCAUGGCACCCGUAUCGUUCAUAAACUACAAGACUUCAUUCGAAAGCAAUAUAGUAAAUAUGGAUAUGAAGAAGUUAUGACACCGUUAAUGUAUAAGAAGGAUUUAUGGGAAACAAGUGGGCAUUGGCAAAAUUAUAAGGAUGAUAUGUUUUUGAUUAAAAGCGGACGUGAGGAAGAAGGCUGUCAACACCACUAUGACCAGGAUCAGCAAAAUAAUAUCGAUGAAGGUCUUUUUGGAUUGAAACCUAUGAAUUGCCCGGGACAUUGUUUAAUCUUCGACAGUACACCAAAAUCCUAUCGUGACCUUCCCAUAAGGUUAGCUGAUUUCAGUCCACUGCAUAGAAAUGAAGCAUCUGGCGCUUUGUCAGGCUUAACUAGAGUUCGCCGUUUCCAUCAGGACGAUGCUCAUAUCUUUUGUGCUGAAAAGCAUAUUGCUUCUGAAAUAACCAAUUGUCUGAGCUUUGUUGAUUAUGCGUACUCUGCGUUCAAGUUUCCAAAAUACGAGCUGACACUUUCUACUCGACCUAAAUCACAUUAUAUCGGCUCAAUUGAAGAAUGGAAUCAUGCUGAAGAAUCGUUGAAAAAUGCAUUAAAUACAACAGGUCGCCCUUGGACAGUUAAGGAAGGUGACGGAGCUUUUUAUGGACCCAAGAUUGAUAUUAUGGUGAGAGACUCCAGUGGCAAAUCACAUCAAACAGCAACUAUACAGCUGGAUUUUCAAUUACCAAGACGAUUUGGAUUAACUUAUGUGGACGAAAAUGAUCAACAUCAAACUCCAGUUAUCAUUCACCGAGCUGUUUUGGGCUCUAUCGAGCGUAUGAUGGCUAUAUUAAUUGAACAUACGCAUGGUAAAUGGCCUUUCUGGUUAAGUCCAAGGCAGGGCAUUGUUAUUCCUGUUGCCACUCAGUACACUGAGUAUGCUAAAAAAGUAGCAAACUCGCUAUCUUUGGGUAACAACAGCGCUACUGAAACGCAAAAUGCUGUAGAUCGCUACUACGUUGAUGUAGAUACCUCACCAAGAGACCGAUUGAAUAAGAUGAUUCGACAAGCACAGUUACAACAGUACAAUUUUAUUUUUGUAGUUGGUCAGAAGGAACUGGACGAAGGAACAGCUAAUGUUAGAACACGUCAAGGUGAGAUAUUAGGAACAAUGACCAUUCCGCAGAUACGCGAAAUGUUUGCAUCUCUCAAUGCGAAAUUAGAAUAA